AUGGUCGCGCACAACAACCAGAUCCAGAAGAACCACUUCCGCAAGGAUUGGCAGAAGCGCGUCCGCGUGCACUUCGACCAGCCCGGUCGUAAGCACCGCAGACGUGAGAACCGUAUCACCAAGGCCGCUGCCGUCGCUCCCCGUCCCGUCGACAAGCUGCGUCCCGUUGUGCGCUGCCCCACCAACAAGUACAACCGCCGUGUUCGUGCUGGUCGUGGUUUCACCCUGGCUGAGCUCAAGGAGGCCGGCAUCCCCAAGAAGCUCGCUCCUACCGUUGGUAUCUCCGUCGACCACCGCCGUACCAACUACUCCAAGGAGUCCCUGGUUGCCAACGUUGCCCGUCUCCAGGACUACAAGGCCCGUCUGAUCCUCUUCCCCCGCAAGAGCGGUCAGUUCAAGAAGCUCGACUCCUCCGCUGAGGACGUCAAGGCCGUCAAGGCUUCCCUCGCUGAGGGCAAGACCGAGGGCUUCGCCACCCGCGUCGAGGCCACUUUCCCCAUCGACAACCUCUCCGCCGGCAACGCCGUCACUGAGGUCAAGCGUGACUCCAUGCCCAAGGUCGAGGGUUCCGUCUACCGCCAGCUGCGUGACGCCCGCGCCGAUGCCCGCAACCGUGGCCAGCGCGAGAAGCGUGUCAAGGCUAAGGCCGAUGAGGAGUCCGCUGCCAAGAAAUAA